AUGCCGAGUGAAAGCGAUCCAAAUAUUAGCACCUCUUGCAGGCAGCUCUGUGAUCUGGACGAAUAUUCCCUGGAGCACGUGUUUCUGUUUCUGGGUGUAGCGGAUCUAGAUCGAUGCGUGUUAGUUUGCAAAAAGUUCCAGCACAUUAUCCAAAGAUUCGUUUUUCCCAAAAAAUGUAUGCGUGCCUUAGUUGGCGGCUCGCCUUGCGGGACCGCCCUAAGUCUCUAUGCGUUUACGCAUCGAAAGCGGGUCAAGCUGGAUGAAAAUUGGCGCUACGGACGGUACGAAACGUGGUCGUACUUUAAACACUACGAGGUGUACAUCUCGCAACUAGUAAUCGACCGGGACUGGCUUUACAUCACGCAUCGUGGCCGUUUGCAGGCACACAGAAGGACCAAAAAUCGAGAAAUGCUCGAUACCAGCAGCCACUGGGUGAUGGGCAAUGAUCGCGAUUCGGACAUUACGAGUUUGGUAAAAAUGGGGGACCAUUUUUUAAUGGGUCGGAAGAACGGACAAAUUGUGCUGUAUGAUCCGACCACAACAAGAUCGUACUCACAAACCGUUACAAACGACAUUAUCAAGGCGGUUGAUUUCAACACGAAUAUUUAUGCGGUAACCACGAUAAAUGACUCAACGUAUAUCCUAAACCGAUCUCCACUGGAACUGGAACAGUUAUCGUUGCGUAGCGAGGAAAUGUUGACGCAAUCCUUUGUUUAUCCCCAAGCAUAUGAGACAAUAAAGCUAAAUAGAAAUCACCUGGCGGCAGGAAAAUUUCAUUGUAGCAAAAAGCAGGCACUACAGUUAAUCGAUUUGUACAGCUGUACAACGAUACAAUUGAAUUCACCCUCAACGGCUGUUUACGAUGUGCUGUGGAUGGACGAACACUGUAUCCUGUCGGGCAAUUAUAACUCUAUGCGGCUGGUCGAUACACGCACCGGUGGCGAUGAGGCCUGCUGGACAGAUCCGGACGAUGCAUCAGUCUACUGUCUUUGUUACAAUGGCAAGUACGCCGUGCACUGUGGGAUGAAUUACCACCUCCGCUCCAACCUGUACGACUUGCGUGUGCCAAAUCGUUGUGUACAGAUGUACUUUCCCUCGAAAAAUCAUUAUCACUACUCGCCGGUGCACAGAAUCGCGGCAGAUUGUAGCCAACUGUUCCUUAUAACCGAUCAUCAUCUGCGAAUACUUAACUUCGAUGCUGACAGGGCUGCCACAAAGGACUAUUCCGCGAUUAAGGGA